AAGAGUUUGCGCUCGGAUCUCUAAGUGCGGUCGGGUCGUCUUCGGUACAGUAUCCACAAAGCUCGCCGCCUCUUCGCGUCCGUGACCCAACCCGCACCGCGAACCCAACCUCACCUCACCGCGCCGGGCACGUCAACACGGCCGCAUGCCCAACAAGUCGCGCACCGCCCCGCGACUCGGAACCCUCCAGCCUCGCGACAGCAACAGCGCGCCCCGCGCCCCAUUGGCCUGGUCGUGAUCUCGACGCGACGACGAGCAACUACCCGCGAGCUCGGCCGCUCGCUCCUCGCCGACGGCUGGAAUGUAUUCUGUGCACCAGUAUCCCGUCCAGACCAUGUCCAACGGAGCUAUUGGGAACGGUCUCAUCAUGGACCCCUCGGGCACCAUCAAUCCCCAGGCCCUGAAUCCUGCAGAUGUGCUCGGAGGAGCCCAGCAAAACGUCGCACAACAACCGACUCGGGGCAUCAAACGUAGCCGCACGCCAGAGGACAGCUAUGCCGAUCUAACCACAGGCGAGAAUGGAGACGAUGAUAGCAGCCGCAGGAAACGCGGCCGACCACCCACGAAACCCACGAAGGUGUCCUUUGCUGAGAACGACAACCGUGGCUCGCAUCCCCCACAGACCCCUUCGUACAAUGCGGGAGCCCCACCAGUCCAAACGCCACAGCUACAGGCUACACCGCUCCCGCAAGCGUCUCCGCCCCAGGCAUCGCCUACAGCCAAAUCCACUCCUACCAAGUCUACCGUCAUCAAGGCACUUCCUACGGUUAGGGACCACACAACUGAUCAGCUGAACCCCGAGGGAGACGAGUACCUGCCCCGUGAGAAAGACGAGGCUGGCGAGAACAAGGUCACGCCGACCGGACACCCGCUCGACGGCAGAGAAUACCGGUGCCGCACUUUCUUCGUUCCCAACCGAGGGAACAAGCUUUUCAUGCUCGCAACCGAGUGCGCACGUAUUUUGGGAUACCGAGAUUCGUACCUUCUAUUCAACAAGAACAGAUCGCUGUAUAAAAUCAUUGCGACGCAAGCGGAGAAAGACGACUUGAUUCAUCAGGAGAUCCUUCCAUAUUCGUACCGAUCACGCCAAAUUGCUAUCGUGACAGCACGUUCCAUGUUCCGGCAAUUCGGAAGCAGGCUUAUUGUCAACGGACGGAGAGUGCGUGACGACUACUGGGAGAGCAAGGCUCGGAAGCAAGGGUUUACCGAAGAAGACGCGGCAGGAGAAAAGAGACCUGGCGCUGCGAGGGCUCGCGAAGCAGCCGCAGCUGAAGCAAGCCACGCUGGUGGUCAUCUCGCUUUCGCUCACACUGGAGCCUACACCGGCAAACUAGACCAAGACUACCUAGGAUCAGCUGUGAAUCCAUUGCAACCGUUCGGCGGACUAACGCCUGCGCCGAACACGAUGCCUACAGCGAACCCGGAACCUUUUGAGCAGCGGGGGACUACAGAUUUGCAACCGCGAAACUACGCUGGCGUUCAACGUCCGCGACAUGAAAUGUCCGGCGUACCAUAUCAGGACGUCACGCGACCCACACCUUCAGGGGAGAUCUUGAAUCAGGCUGGUCAAACCGCUGAGUACAACAAGCAGCUUGAACAACAGAGGAAGAACCGCAAGCAAUAUCUCGACGACAUUUGGGCGAGGCCACACGAACCACCGCCACCCACUGAGCGCCCAGGCACUGCGGAUGCUAACAAUAUCACCCAAGCUGUGCAGGCAACGCAGUCACCUCAUAUCCCUUCUGCAAAUACUGCGGUCGGUGUUGGCCAGUAUGGCAUGGCCGCUCAGACACCACAACGGCCUGGUCAAGUCGCAGGCGCUACCCCAUACCGACCGCAGCCGCAUCCCCAAGCCAUGAUGCCGUCACCUAUGGCACAGCAACAAACCCCUAUGAGGCCGGACCAGAUGCAUCGGCGUCCUCCAAGCAUGAACUUGCCACAAGGAAUGAAUCCAGCUGCGAUGGCACAGGCAGGUAUGAUACCCAACGUCGGGCAAAACCCAGGCUAUCCACCGCAGCACAUGUGGCAACAGGCGCCACCGCAGCCAUCACCACUCUCCCAGCAGCACAACAUGCAAGCGUAUGCCCGCCCGCCGCAACAAAGUCCUCAUCCUCAACAGUCGCCGAUGCACGCAUCGCCGCAGCUUCAUCAUACACAGAGCAGCGGUUCUAUGCACGGCACGCCUGUGCAGCAGUAUCAGACUAUGAACGCCAUGGGGGAUCCAAACUUCUCCGCAAUGGGUCAGAAUCCUUACCAACCGAGCCCAAGUCCUCACCAGUUUAUGCAGCACCAGAGCUCUGCUACACAGCAGCCUGGCAUGCCAGGUUGGGCACCGAACCAGCAGCCUCAGCAGGGUUGGCCGACAUACUAGGCGUACCAUGGCUUAUUGCCAAAGCCUGAAGUUCCUGAUCCUUUCUGGAUCAAGAGGAACACCGAGCAACAAGCAUAUGUUUAGAAAGCAUCUUGUCGCCCGUACUUACCGGUGGACAGUGGCCAGUGAUCAACUUUGGAUGCCACACCAAUUGUGUCAAAGCGC